GAAGUCCUUCAACCAAAAGCAGGAGAGCUAUAUCUUGCGCUUCACGAACAGUCUCAACUCUGGCUUGCAGUGCUCCUCCUCCCUCUUGCAAAUCUACACACAAUUGGUAUCUCAGCUACCAUUCAAAGUCUAGGUCUAGCCAGAAACAUUCCCAGCUGCGUUAUCUAUAACCUCGACUCUAAGCAAUUUGAGUGGCGGGAGGGAUAUGCCGAAGGUAAAGCGUUCGCUCAUAAGCGCAGAUUUCCUAUUAUGUAUUUUACUAAAACAAAGUUCCCGGACAGCAGUGCAGUUAAGUGGAUUGCAGCUGAGGAUUUGCGGAUACUUGAUGAAUCUUCUGUCCAGUCUCCCAUCCCUUAUUACCAUAUCGCACGAGCUUUUAUUAAAAGCCGGACAGAGUACCGCGCUCUGCGGAUUACAACAGGAAGUCUCAGCCGUCCCUUGGGUACGUUCCACUACCUUUCCGCUCUAGAUGAAUGA